CCGAUUCCCGAUCAGAAAUUUCCUCAAUUUCUCCGAGAACGAACGAGGCGCGGGGAUUUCUCUCUCUCUCUCUCUCUCUCUCCUCGUACUCUCGAUUUCGCCCGGUCGAGAUUCCCGAGGGGUUGGGAGCGGCGCGUGGUCGGGCGGCCGCCGCGGGUGGUGGUGGUGGUGGUGGUGGAGUAGAGGAUGAGCUUCCAGGAUCUCGAGGCCGGCCGCGGGCCGGGAGGGUCGAGGUGCGGGGAGCUGCUCAACGGACGCACGCAGGCCGUCGUCUCUGGCGUCUUCCAGAUCAACACCGCCGUCAACACCUUCCAGCGCCUCGUCAACACCCUCGGCACGCCCAAGGAGACCCCCGAGCUCCGCGAGAAGCUGCACAAGACAAGGCUACAUAUUGGACAGUUGGUGAAGGAUACAUCGGCCAAGCUUAAACAAGCUAGCGAAACAGAUCAUCACGCUGGACUUAGUGCCAGAAAGAAGAUUGCAGAUGCCAAACUGGCAAAAGAUUUUCAGGCGGUUCUUAAAGAGUUUCAGAAGGCUCAACGGCUUGCAGCUGAGAGAGAAACAGCACAUGCACCGUUUGUUCCCCAGGCCAUACUUCCUUCGAGGUAA